UUUUUUUUUAUUGUUCACGUUCGUAUUUCUUACGUUUUCGUUGCGUUUUAAACGAUUAAUCCGUUUUUAAAUUGCAAAAGUAAAUUCGGGAAGUGAAAUGGCGUCGAAAACGGGGCCGUUUUAAUUUAUUUUAACUCAUAUUUAGUCGAAAAUUUUAGAGAAACGAUCGCAAAAAUAUGGCCGAAUGUAACGUUCAACAAUUGUACAAAACCGAAGAAACUUUCUGUGUUAAUUACCCACCAUGGUGUUCAGCUUGUUCGAGGGGGGCCCAAAGGAGGCGCUCGAUCAGCGAAACCGGCGAACCCUGCAGGAGAAAGAACAAAGAACUGAAAAUCCUCUCGAAGAGGUGCAAUCGUAGCCGGGAAUACGAGAACAUGGACUUGGAAUACGACUGUAGAGGCCAGUACCAGGAAAAAGACUCGACGAGACACGAGCAGUCCACUAGGAUCCGAUCGAACUUGUGCGAGCUGCCCACAUCGUACAUUUCGAACAACUGUCAGCUCUCAAACAAUGUGACAAAUCCGAAAAUAUCCAAUGAACUUAGCAGUUUUGAUAGCUCGAAACCGAUCCAUGCGUACGAAAAUCCUCUAAUCAAAUUCUCGAAGCUCGAUGAACUAGCCGACGACAUGCAAGCCAAGCCGAGGAUGCAGAAGAGGGAAUCGAAAUGCUCGAUGAGACAGCUCGAGCGCGAGCACUUCCAAAGCAAAAGCGACCAAUUGAACAACUUCACCAUGACGAGAGUGCGACCGGACAAUCCGGACGGUCCGGAGUUCUGCUCUCUCUCCGAGUUGAAGCUGCGCAACAUCUCCGGGCUGAAGCCCUUCUGCUUCGAGACCACCACGUACUUCGACAAGCGCGAGGACUCGCUGAAUCUGGCCGAGAAACACGCCAGGGAGUUGAACAGGCUGCGCGAGCAAUUGAUGAGCCUCAAAGACUCAUCGAGGGAUAAACGGCCGGUCAACGAAGCGCCUUGCGUGAAAGAGAACAGGCCGAGGAAACUCCCCGAUGACGUCAGAGCGAAGAAUAAGGUUUCUUUGAAGACCAAAACGAAGCCGAACUCGGGGAAGUCGAAGGCGAAGGCCAAACCGAAGGUUCACGUUACACCGAAUUUUAAUUUACUCGAAAGCGACGAAUGCGGUUCGGAUAGCGAAAACGAGACGAAUUUAGACGAAGUCGAUAAUGUUAGCGAAAGAUCGGCUACAGAUGAAAGUAACAAGGACAUUUCCGAACCCGUUUUGUACACUGAACCACCGGAUUCGGGUUCUCCUGAUUCCCUCUAUUGGAUGCUAAGGCCCAGUCUGUUUCCCAACGUUCCUCCAUACAUUCGAUUCAAUCCGUACGAUCACGAAACGGGAGAAAUAAAAUACGGUCAUGCCAGGAAAUAUUUAAAAUGGAAAUUGAGCACCAUCACGCCGAUAUUAGUGAGAAAAACCCUCGUCAAUUCGGGCUUUUUAUUGGUCAGAAGUGAGUUUUGCAGAGAAUCUUCCGCUUGGCUGGGCACGUGGGGAAAACACAUGAAAUCGCCUCUGUUCAAGUCGCUGAGAGAAACGCAAAAAUUGAACCAUUUCCCAGGCACUUUUCAAUUGGGUAGAAAAGACAGAUUGUGGAGGAAUUUCCAGAAGAUGAUACUCAAAUUCGGCGUGAGGGAGUUCGGCUUUCUACCUCACACGUACAUUCUACCUCAGGAAGCGAAAUUGCUGAAGCAAUGCUGGGAAUACAAGAUCAGCAAUGCUGGUACCAGCGAUAUGUGGAUCAUAAAACCGCCUGCUUCGGCCCGAGGCGUCGGCAUAAAAGUGAUAAACAAACUAUCGCAGAUUCCGAAGAAAAACAAUUUGAUCGUGCAAAAGUACAUUUCCAAUCCGUAUUUGAUAAACGGCAGUAAAUUCGAUUUGAGACUGUACGUUUUGGUUACCAGUUUUCAUCCUUUGGUCGUUUAUUUGUAUCCCGAGGGAUUAGCCAGAUUCGCCAGCGCGAAAUACAGUUCGGACGCCAAAGAUUUGAAAGACCGGUACAUGCACCUGACGAAUUACAGCAUAAACAAAUUAUCCAGCCAAUAUACGGCUAACGAGGAUUUCAAUUCGUGCGAAGGACACAAAUGGACUAUAACGAAAUUAUUGGAAGUAUUGGAAACGCAAAACGUCGACACGAAAUCCCUGUGGAGGAAUUUGCAACAAUUGGUGAUCAAAACUCUGAUCGCCUGCGAAUCGCCCAUCGUGCAAUUGUGCGAAGAGAACAUGUUGAGCCGGUACAAUUGUUACGAAUUAUUCGGCGUUGACGUGUUGCUCGACGAGAAAAUGAAACCGUGGUUGUUGGAGGUGAAUAUAUCGCCGAGCCUUCACAGCGCCUCGCCGUUGGACGCGCACGUAAAAGGCCCGAUCGUCCAGACCAUAUUCAAUAUGGCGCAAUUCCAUCUGCCUCCCAGGAUGAAAUUGCACCGGGACGUCGAAGGGCCCGAAGUGUUGGAUUCGAGGUUCUAUUGCAUGUCGUUGAAUAGGCGCGAACAAAGGAAACAUUCCCAUUACGAGCAAUUGGAGACCAGAAACGAAUAUUUGGAGAGCAUCUUGAAGAACCUGACGAGCGACGACGUGCGAUUGUUGGCCAAACACGAGGACGAAUUAUCGGCGAAAGGGAAAUUCGAAAGGAUAUUUCCCACGCCGCAAUCGUACAAAUAUUUGCAAUUCAUGAUACCGAGAUAUUACAAUAGAUUGUUCGAUGCUUGGGAAUACAAGUACGGCCAUUGCAGGGAAAAAGGAAUCGGUUUGCUCCAGGAAUUGUGCGAUAGAAAAAUGCAUUUAAAAGUACCAGCGACGAGUAGACCUGGUAUAAGAAAAGUCUGCUUGGCGUUGAUUAAAAACUUUAACGGCCCCAAAAUGACGAUCGAUUCGGACAUUUUGAAAUUCAUUAAACGUUUCCUGUUCACUCUGACCCUCAAUCAAUUAUUAACAUUUGUUUUCUACAAGAUUUUAUAGAACUGUUAAGUUUAAAUAUAUUGG